AUGGGAAAAAAAAACGGUAUAGAAAGGAAGUUUGCCAGAUCUCUUUGCGGGAAUCUGGAUGGAUCUAGGCUGGAAUGGCCCGAGAAAGCAGGGAUAGUACGCGCGAAUAUCACCUUCUCAGACUACCAACAAUCUUAUAACCCACUUGAAUAUUUGAUCGUAAUAUUCCUGGCGAGCACAUCCAAGACUACCCACAAAGUACCUCGGACAGACGAGAAAUCCCUCAUCAUCUUGCCACCAGAUACUACAUCCCUCUCGGCCGCCCUGACCCAGUCCCACAGAAUGCUAUGGCCAUUAAUGGCACUCUGGGACGACAUCUACACCAAGUUGAAGCAAGGAGGGAUUCCUCUGUCGGACACAUCCAACCAGGGCGCAGGCGGGAUUCUUAAUGAACACAUUCAGGAUGAUCGAAGUACGCCCAUUCCCGGGAUCUCCUUUUGA